GAGCGGACAGUUGCAUAUCGGCCUAUGGCAUAAAGCUCACUGCCGCUCUAAGCCAGAACGUCUGAUCCGACGACUGCAUUUUUCUGGAAUCUCCUGCUUGCAAUCCUCGAUGACCCUCUACCAGAGACUGCGGGAGGAGCGUGGUUCCAUCAGUUCAUUGCCAGAUAGGCGUGUCGGAACCGGUCAAGAGGAGCUCUGGAUAACCAGUCGAAUCGGAAAACGCGCGCAACACCAUCAUAAUCCUCAAUUUCAACUUGCUUUUCCUUUCCUCGGUAGCCGCUUGUGCCUAGUGGCUGAAGUUUUGUUGAUGGGAAUGGCAGAGACGCGAUAUAAAAUGCACCUACUGCGAUGGCGGGAGUGCCAGGUUAUCGGUCAAAGCCAUGUCAGCGUUCCCUUCGUGCAUUCUUCCUUCUGAGCAUGAUCCUCGUCAAUGGAGCAAAUGGAAACGGUGGGCGAUAGCCCUCGUAAUCUGGAACCUCAUUGCUCCGAUUGGAAUAGCGAGUACGUUCUAUUCUGGAGUGCAAGGCAAGAUACAGGAAGAGUUUGGCACAUCGAAUACCCUCGCGACUUUAGGCGUGGGGUUAUACAAUCUCGGUGCUGUAUUUGGAGUACUCUUCGGAGGACCACUGAGUGAACUUUAUGGCCGUCGGCCGGUAUAUAUCAUCUCGUCUAUAUGUUUCGUUGUCUUUAGUUUCGGUUCGACACGUUCACCAAAUAUAACCACUCUCUUGAUCUGCCGGGCGUUCAUGGGCCCACUCGGGAGUCCUGUCUUCUCGAUCUAUGGCGGUUCAGUGACGGACCUUUUUACGCCGGAAGAGCGGGGUCCUGUAGCUGCAUUAUUUACACUCGUGUUACAAGGUGCCCCAACAAUCGGGCCUGUUCCGUCAUCUUUUUUACGGCCCUUCUUCCCUUGGAGGCGGUUACUCGAUUUUAUAACCAUCUGGGGGGGGAAGAUAGCCGAAUCCGAAGGUGUCGUCCCAGAUAUCAAAGAAAUAAAUUCCUCCGACAAGUGGACAAAAGCACUACUUACGCCAAUCACCAUACUUUGUAAUGAACCGAUCAUGAUCUGGACUACGCUGUACCACUCCUUUGUCUUUGGGCUCUUAUUCCUUCUCCUCGAGGCGUACCCGUAUAUCUACGACACUUAUUAUUCGAUGUCGCGAGAACAAGCAGGUCUGGUCUUCAUUACCCCAUUCACUGGGAAUGUGCUUGGCGUUCUCGUAUACUUUGGAUUCCACAGGCCGCUAUACGAAGCACGCCAGCGCAGAAUCCAGGCCGAAUCAGGUGGCAAAUCAGAGAUUGAGCCCGAAGCUCAUCUACCCGGCGUUCUUCUUGCAUCGCUUCUUACUCCCACCGGGCUAUUUUGGUUGGCAUUUUCCGCACAACCGGACAUACACCACUUUUUCUCCAUAAUUUCUGGUGUUCCGAUUGGAAUGGGAAUGAUCCUCUUACAACUCUCGUUGUUCAACUACUACAUUGACCUUUACCCAACGAUGUCGGCGUCCGCUAUCGCCGCAAACACUGCCGUCCGGAAUAUCGUAGUGACUAUCAUGCCGUGCGCCGGGGUGCCACUAUACACUUCCUUGGGUAUACGCAAUGCGAAUCUGCUGUUGGCAUGCAUCAGCUGUAUGGGACUCCCAACUGCUGUUAUUCUGUAUGUCUUCGGAAGAAGACUUCGGGCGGCGAGCAGAUGGGCCAAACAGGCCACAGAUAUUGGCCUGCUUCCGCAAAUGAGCAUCGAGGCCGCUGCCCCUUUGCUUGCACAACCCCCUCAAAAUCACUACGGAGGAACUCAUUCCUCCGAGUAG